AUGCUCGUUUCAAUCGUUUGCUUGUUCUUAGCCAUGUGCGCUACCAGUUUUGGCGCUACAAUCAAAGGCAAGCUGGAUCUUUCACCUUUUAACGUCUCGCGCAAAGAUGCAAUAAACUCUAAUUUUAAACUUCUGCAAGUCGGAGACUUGGGUGAUCAAUUGUACAUCAGUAAUACUAGAAUUCGUGAUUUUGACGGAAAUUUCGAGUUUCAGCAUGUGCCUGAGCCUCAGGAUGCUAAUUCCACAGUUUAUUUCGUACUCCAAUCUUCCUCAUUAGAUUACAAUCUGAAACCAAACCGUAUUCUGAUCCGGCUCGACCGUGGCGCUCAAGAUGCUAACGGGAUAGUGACGAGAGCAUUCAAAAAUGUCUUUGGGAAGGAGAACUUCCCCUCCCCUGAAAUUCUACACCCGGAAGAACUGGAGGAAAUCGACACAAAGCCUUACAUCUCGAUCACUCUCGUUAAUAAGGCCCCUUUACGGACUUAUAUUCAGGAGAGAAGUGUCAGCAUGUUCGAAAGCGGCCCUCUUGCCAGCAUUCUUAGUUCCAAAUAUAAGCUUGCCGCAGUCAUCACAGGUGUCAUGACUCUCUUGUUCUCUCUGUUUAUCGGGAAGCUGGACAUUGAAGGAGCCAAUGCAAUCAAGGAUGACAAAAUACUUCAACAACAAACCGUAAAGCAAACGGACCAAAAAGAAGUCCAGAAGGAACUAAAAAAUAUCAAAAAAAGGCUUGAAUGCUUUAAGACUACGAAGCCUCACGAAUUCUACACUAAAAUGUGA